AUGGAGCUCGCAGUUUCGGAGUACUUUACUGUCGGCAAUAUAUUCUUGGCUAUUGUUUUCUUACUGAUUCUCAAUCAAUUGGUUGAACUGUAUCAGUUCAGGAACAUGCCACCAGGACCUCGUCUGACAUCCUUGCCUUUUGUGGGAAAUCUGUUGAGCUUUGCCUCACCGAAGGGUGCUAAACAAACAGAGCAAAUUUGCAUGUUAUGUUUCUUCGCCUCAGCAGUGUGCGUUGCGGAAAAUUGAAUCAUCCGUAGGAUGAGAGGUCGAAUUAAAAAGUACUACUAUAGAACAAAAUAAAAUUUUCUCAUCGAGGCGCCUUUUAUACUGCACUGGUUUAGGAAAUGACAUUUUCACUCUGCAAAUUCAGCCAAUUCAAAACACCGGCGAUUGAAACGCUUGACUGCAUCCUUGGUCAUACACAUAAUAGGGAUUAAUUACGCCGAUAAAAAUACACAAAUAGCAACUGCAAUAACGGUCCCGUUUUCGGAAAGCUCAGCUUUUCGUGGACGAAUUGCCGGAUUAUAUUAAGGGUUAGGCUUAGCUGCCUAUACAAAUAAGACAAAACUGCGUCUUUAGAUUUGAAAAGAGCGUUUCUGUAAAGCGAGAUGAUUGAGAGAUGUUAUUAUAAAUAAAAAGCUGCUAGAUGAUUGUGAGAUGUUUAUCGUCUUCUGUAGUGUCUCAGCAAGAACUGAAAAGAUGAAAUUUUGGUGUUUCCAGGCACAAAAUAAUUUGUUUCAAAGGUAUUCUUCUUUCUUUUGUGUAUGCUGCGUCCAAUAAUCUCUAAUGCAAAUGUCGAACUACGAAGAGAGGGGCCGAAAACUGUGGGAAGGAGGGUAAACGUAACGAUAUAAUUGACAUAAAUUUAGGCAAGUUAUACCUUAUAUCGGACACUUUAACUAUUAUAUUUUGUUUUCUUUAUGACUAAGCUUGAAAGAGAAGUAUGGUAACUUGUAUUCCUUGAAGGUGGGGAGUUUUAAAAUCGUCAUUGCCGAGGAUGUGGCUUCAGUGAAAGAAGUGUUGGUGAAGAAAUCGGCUGAUUAUGCUGGAAGACCCCCAUUCCAUAGCUUUGUGAUGUCCACUCUUGGUAAGUACUGCAAUUCCGAAUAACAUGUCUUGCCAAAGUAGGGGUACUAGAGAAAACUGUCGGGCAAGUAGCCGCCCAUGUGGGGGGGGAGGGGAGGGAUAGUGACACAACUAAAAUCCUCCACCCCACCCCCCCACCCCCCUGGUGCUAGAUAAUGAUCGGUCUUUAAAGUCAAUGAAAGAGCUGAGUUUGGACAUUCGUAUCGUUUUUAUGUCGUACUAUAAAUGCGGUAUCUUGACGCUUAUUGGAGCUACGGAAAUCCAUGAAAGUUGUAUAUUUUCUUUUAUUGAAUUCCAGGCGGAAAGGAUAUUGCAUUUGGGAAUUAUGGUCCUGCAUGGAAAUUUCAUCGCAAACUCUUUAUGACAGCGGUGCGAAAGUAUAUCUCAGAUCAGGAGCUGGUUGAAGAAAGAAUCUCUGAGCAAGCAAAAAGGCUACUGCAGUACUUUGAAGAUCAGUGGGGAAAGGUUUUGAUCCUUCACAGAUUUGAUGGAAAGCGUUGCAAACGUCAUCUGUCGGAUCACGUUUGGAAAGCUCUUUGAUUCAUCGCAUCUAGAUUUCCAGAAACUCUUGGAUACAAACAAUAGAGUUUUUACAGACAUUGAAUUGAAUAGUCAGGUAUUAAUGUUAGAUAACUUUCCCAUAGCCAAAUACUUCCCAUUCAAAGCCUACCAAACAGAGAAAGAAAUGACUGAUCGAAUGUUUGAGAUUCUGCACAAUCAGAUAAGGGAACAAGAGAAAGCAUUUGACCCCGAAGCGGAGAUCGAGAACCUUACUGGUAGCCUUUUGAAGGAAAAACUUGGCGCCGAAAAUGAAGUCGGCACUGAGGAGAAAGCAGCCAUUUUGUCCGACGACUAUAUAAUUAACACCAUAUAGGACAUGUUCAGCGCUGGUUACGAGACCGCCAGCACCACUCUUCGUUGGGCCAUCGCUUACUUGGUCCACAAUCCUGGCUGUCAAACAGAGAUUCAGAACCAGUUGGACGAAGAGAGUGGAAGGGACCGAAUGCCAGGUCUGGAUGAUCACCCAAGCCUUCCGCUGGUUCAGGCCACAAUCAUGGAAAUACUUCGCCUCGGAAAUGUCGCUGAAACAGCUCUUCCUCAUUACACUCUAAAAGAUACCACACUUGCAGGGUACCGUGUUCCAAAAGAUACCGUGGUUGUGCCCAAUCUGAUGGCAGUUCACAUGGAUCCAAGCUGCUGGGAGGAUCCAACCAAAUUUAACCCACACCGCCAUAUUGAUGGUGAUGGCCAAGUUGUUACCAACUCUGUAAACUUUCUACCCUUUUCAGCUGGACGUCAGAUUUGUGCUGGCGAAGCACUUGCAAAGGUAAUUCGUGUCAUCAAAUUAUGAUGGGGAAAAUUCAUCUUGUAUGUAACAGAUAUAAUGCAAAUAAUAAGUGAUUAUGUUUGCCUUUCUUUUCUUGCAGGUCGAAUUGUUCUUUUUCCUGUCCCGGAUGUUGCACAAGUUUACCUUCUUGCCCCAAGAAAAUGGUGUUCUUCCUGACCUUAAAGGAGUCGAUGGUUUCACCCGUUUUCCGGCGCCUUACAAUAUAAGGGUUAAAAAACGGCAAUAG